AUGAGAUUCUGGGCAAAUGAACAGCCUCAUUGUUUCACGGUUUGGUGUGCUAUGUCGUCGCACGGAGUGAUCGGUCCAUAUGUGUUUAAGGACACUGUGGAUUCACAACGGAACCUGUCGCUUUUGAAAAACAAGUUUGUUCCAGCGCUUCGAAAGCGAACGGAAAAUAUGCAAGAUGUCUGGUUCAUGCAGGAUGGUGCGACGGCACAUACAUCUAAUAUUGUAUUAGAUUAUCUUCAUGAAACCUUCGGCGAUAAGGUGACUUCCCGACGAUACCCUGAAGUGAAGGAUUGUGGACAAUCUUGGCCCGCACACAGUCCUGAUUUGAACCCGUGCGAUUACUUUCUCUGGGGCUAUCUGAAGUCGGCUGUUUACAGACCAAAGCCAGCGGACACAGAUAUGCUACUGAAAAACAUCAAUUGGGAAGUGAAGAAGAUUAGUGAAGAAAUGUGUGGAAAUGUUACUAACAAUUUCGUAGUGCGAGUUAAACAGGGAAAGCUGAUAAAGGGCCGUCAUAUUGAGAAAGUCAUUCAUUAUUGA